UCUAGUUCACCUGCCAAGGCUGAUGGUUUAAAUGCAUGCGCGUUCACCAGGACUCACGUAGCUAGACCUCCCAGCACCAAACACUCGAUGUCAUCUUCUAACGUAUCCCAAUCGGAUGAAAUAUUCCUCGCUGCUCAGGCAAACAAAGACCCGAACUUUGACCCUUUCACAAACCAGGCCAGAUUCUACGAGUGCAACCCUACGGCACCACCGCCGAAGGACGACAAUCCCGGCAUUAUCUUAUUCAAUCCGACUAAUGCAUUGAGUACUUCGAGCGAAGCACUUGGUGUUUGGCUCCUCAAUGGACAUGCUUGGAAGAUAUACAGAACGGGGGCAAAGAAUGUUGAAAAGAAAAGGAAAGCUAUUCAGGACGAUAUCGAUGCAGCGAAGACUGCGGGGUUGCCUGUUGGGAAUCCUCAGGUCAAAGUUGGGCUCAUCUGGACUGAUGAGAGGAGCGUGAAGAGAUGGGAAGCGGGACUAUCCGUCCUUACUGAGGAGUAUACGAAGGAUAAAUGGACCUUCUGGUCUGCUCAGAAGUCGGCUGGCGUGGCAAACUUCAAGAAGCUCAUCGAGAGCAUCAAGGACAAGCCCACUGUACAGACGAUCAAGAAUGCAUUCGACAUUGCACACGACUUCAAGCUGACUGACCCUCAGGGUUUUAUCAACGCCAGCGACCAUUCCUCGCCCAUUGCAUUCAUUGACAUCCACAAGGGAACCAACGCCACCAAAGUCGACGAACUACUGGAGAUCGUGAAGAAGCAUUUGGCCGAGCUUAAAUGAACGUAGCAAAUGCAGAUAUUGUUUGUGAGAUCUGUGGAGAAUCAAUGGAGAGGGACAGGCUCUGACUUUCAUAGCAAAUCCCUGUACAGACAAAGUUACCGACUCAUCGUUAUUUGCUACACUGCUUUAGAGCCCAUGCCACAAAUAAAGGACUUCCUGAAAAGUUCCAUGAACUAU